AUGGAUCAAUCUCAGCAGUGUGUGGCCAUGUAUCUGCUGGUGCUGUCUCUCGGACUUCUCAUGCAGAGAGGGAUUUGUCAGCACUACUACCUUCUCCGCCCCAUCCCGAGUGACAGUCUGCCGCUAGUGGAAUUAAAAGAGGACCCGGAUCCUGUCUUUGACCCCAAGGAGCGGGACCUUAACGAGACCGAGCUAAAGAGCGUCUUGGGAGACUUUGACAGCCGCUUUUUGUCCGUUUUACCGCCCAUGGAGGACAAAUAUACCGGGAACGAUGAACUUGAUGACUUUGAGAUUCAAAAGCCAGGUGGAGUACUGCCGAAGGAGAUCCGAGCGGUGGACUUCGACGUCCAGUUCGGCAAGAAGCACAAGCCCAGUAAGAAACUGAAGCGGCGGCUGCAGCAGUGGCUGUGGGCCUACUCGUUCUGUCCGGUCGUGUACACCUGGACCGACCUUGGGAACAGGUUCUGGCCGCGGUUUGUACGAGUGGGCAGCUGCCUGAGCAAGAGGUCUUGUUCUGUUCCGGAGGGGAUGGUGUGCAAACCUGCGAACUCUACCCACCUGACGAUACUGCGAUGGAGAUGCGUGCAGAGGAAAGGGGGGCUGAAAUGCGCCUGGAUACCGGUGCAGUACCCCAUCAUCACAGACUGCAAAUGCUCCUGUUCAAGUUAAACAAAAGAGACUCUAAACAUAAAUUAUAAGCUCAGUAUUUUUAUGAUUCUUUUUUCACAUGCACUACCGAGUGUAGGAAUGUAUUUUCUGUAUAUGCGGUGCCAUGCAGUUAUAUAUAACUCCCUGUACAAAGUCAGUAUUAUUUGUAACCAGAGUCUACUUUAUUUGUGGAGAAUAUUGGUUAUAUAUUUUGUAUUUAUGGAGAUAUGG